UCUAAACCCUAAAACCCCAAAACUGUUGGAAUCAAAGACGAAGAUGGACAAGGGCAUGCUGGCAGCGGACUUGGAGGGUCUUCCUGAAGAAGAUAAGCAUAGAAUGGCCACCUUGAUCGACCAGCUUCAGAUUCGUGACAGCCUGAGGAUGUACAAUUCAUUGGUGGAGAGAUGCUUUACAGACUGUGUAGACACCUUUCAGCGCAAAGCCCUGACCAAGCAAGAGGAUUCUUGUGUUCGUAGGUGCGCCGAAAAGUUCCUUAAGCAUUCGAUGCGCGUUGGCAUGAGAUUUGCAGAGCUUAACCAAGGAGCAGCAACUCAAGAUUAAGCUAAGCUCCAUAUGAAUCAUCUUUGGCAUGGAAAUCUUAUAAACCUUUUGAAUUGGUUUAUGACAGGUGCAAUUGGUUUACCCUUGGUUUUAGAAUUAUGCUUCUUACAUUGAUUGGAUUUGUACCCUUAUAAAGAAGAAACUUCUUGUCAGGUUUUACAGUUUAGCUGGAUAUGAAUCAGUUGCUAACUUAUUACAUAUAAAUUUUGUUCCAUUUCCAUAUGUUCUUGGAAAGGCAUGAACAAAAA